AUGAUCAUUACUGGAGAUGAUGUUGAUGGUAUCUCUGAUCUCAAGGCGUCCCUUCAACGUACUUUUGAGAUGAAGGAUCUUGGUUCUCUCAGCUAUUUUCUUAGUCUAGAAGUUAUGUCCACCGUUGAUGGCAUCUAUCUCUCUCAAGCUAAAUAUGCUUCAGAUCUUCUUGCUCGAGCCGGAAUUAUAGAUAGUCGCACUGAGUCUACUCCUCUUAAGCCUAAGGUUCGAUUUAGUCCUAUGAAUGGCACUGUUUUGGAUAAUCCUACUCUUUAUCGACAGCUAGUUGGAGGACUCGUCUACUUAAUUGUCACCCGACCAGUCAUCGCCUAUCCGGUUCAUGUUCUUAGCGAUUUCUUGUCAGCUCCUCGUACUACUCACUAUGCGGCAGUUCUUCGCAUUCUUCGCUACAUCAAAGGCAUCCUAUUCCAUGGCCUUUAUUUUUUUGCCCAUUCAUCUUUAUCCCUUCAAACAUACUCAUAUGCUAAUUGGGAUGAUGAUCCCACUGAUCGUCACUCCACUACUAGUUAUUGUUUGUUUCUUGGCGACUCCCUCAUUUCCUGGCGAGCUAAGAAGCAAACAUUCACUGCUCGAUCAAAAACAGAAAUUGGAUACCGUGCUCUCGCUGACACCACUGCUAAAGUUAUCUCGAUUCGUUGGCUUCUGGAAGACUUCGGUGCUCCUCAAUCAUCCUCAACUGAUGUUUUUUGUGACAACCACAGUGCUAUUCAGAUUACCCAUAAUGAUGUGUUUCAUGAACGCACCAAAUACAUUGAGAAUGAUUGUUACUUUGUUCGGUAA